UUACCAUGGUGAUGGUCCUGAGUAAAAGCCUCAGUAACCAGGGAGCUGACUCCAUAGCAUGCAGGAACUUCAAGCCUGAACUGCACACGCCAAAGAAGAUGAGUCAAGGACCUACACUAUUCUCUUGUGGAAUUAUGGAAAAUGACAGAUGGCGAGACCUGGACAGGAAGUGCCCUCUUCAGAUUGACCAACCCAGCGCCAGCAUCUGGGAAUGCCUGCCUGAAAAGUGUCAGGACGGCUCGCUGUGGCACCGGGAUGCGGUGACUGCCUGCGCCGUGACCAGCCUGAUCAAAGACCUCAGCAUCAGCGACCACAACGGGAACCCCUCAGCACCCCCCAGCAAGCGCCAGUGCCGCUCGCUGUCCUUCUCCGAUGAGAUGUCCAGCUGCCGGACAUCGUGGAGGCCCCUGGGCUCCAAAGUCUGGACUCCUGUGGAGAAGAGGCGCUGCUACAGUGGGGGCAGCGUCCAGCGCUACUCCAACGGCGUGGGCACCAUGCAGAGGAGCUCCAGCUUCAGCCUGCCCUCCCGGGCCAGCGUGCUCUCCUCGCCCUGUGACCAGGCAGCCUUCCACCACCGAUUCGGAGGGCAGCCCUGCCCAGGGGUGCCAGGCUCAGCCCCCUGUGGGCAGGUGGGCGACACUUGGAGCCCUGACCCACACCCUGUUGGAGGGGGCCGGCUGGACCUGCAGCGGUCCCUCUCCUGCUCGCACGACCAGUUUUCCUUCACAGAAUACUGCCCACCCUCAGCCAGCAGCACACCUGCCUCAACGCCAGAGCUGGCGCGACGCUCCAGCGGGCUUGCCCGAAGCCGCUCCCAGCCAUGUGUCCUUAACGACAAGAAGGUUGGCGUUAAACGGCGGCGCCCUGAGGAAGUGCAGGAGCAGAGGCCUUCCCUAGACCUUGCCAAGAUGGCACAGAACUGUCAGACCUUCAGCAGCCUCAGCUGCCUGAGUGCGGGGAUGGAGGACUGCGGCCCCCAGAGCCCCUUCGCCCUCCACGCCAGCAGCACCAGGGCCUGGACCACCUUGCUCUCGGCCUCUGGCCCGGGGGGCAGGACCCCUGCUGGGACCCCAGUCCCCGAGCCUCUUCCCCACUCCUUCGACGACCAGCUUACCUGCCAGGAGGACCUGUCCUGUGAGGAGCCAGACGGCUGCGCCCUGGACGAGGAUUGCAGCAGGAGAGGGGAGCUGGCCACAGCCUGGCGGGACCAUGGGGCCGCCGGGAACAGCCUCUGCUCCCUGGAUGGCGAGCUGGACAUUGAACAGAUAGAGAACAACUGAGGGCGGUGGGCCCCGCUCAGGGCUGGGGGUGCGUUGAAAUCGAUGGGCCCCCGGUGGCAUUUGAAUGGGGAGCCCAACUCCUGAGCCUGAUGGUAGUUUCCUGAGAGGUGCUGGAUCCCAGAGAGGGAGCCUGCCCGCCUCCCGGGGAGAGGCUGUCUGGCCAUGGUGUCCUGGCUCUGUGAAUGCCAGCCGGGCCACGCCGUGCAGUGGGGCUGUCGGCCUCUCACCAGCUGCCCAGCGUGGUGGCCGCCAGGUCCACAGAACCACUGCAGUCCAGAGAGCAGCUCUUCGGUUUGGGUCUCUCUGCCUUCUUGCUUGUGGGACGUCAGGCAGCCUCUGUCAUUUCCCCAGCAGAGCUGGGCGCCUCUCUGCAUCCCCUGGGCAAGGUUGGCGAGCGGGCCUGGGCUCGGGGCUGGGCCAGGGGCCAUCUGGAUGUCAGGCCCUUCUUGGCCUCGCUCAGGUUCAGCGCUGGGGAGUUGGCCCCGCAGCUUCUUUCACUCAGUUUUAUUCCGUGCCUUCUCUCCCAGGCCUCCCUGCUUCAGGCUUGGGAAGGUUCCGGAGAUGCUUCCUUCUGUAGUGACACCAGAACCAUUUGGCCUUAAUUCCAAGUGUGGGAGGCAGAGAUUCUGGGGUGUUGGAGUGGUCCUCCAGCGGGUAAGUCCGUGUCUGAGCUCUUGGGCCCCAGGGAGCAACUGGGGGGUGCUUGUUAGAGGCUGUCCACACUGGUAGGAAUGUGGUGGGUCCGCUGGCUGAAAAGACACUCACUUGCCUCUCCCGUGGCAGGGAGAGCCUGACCCGAGGCUCUGCCACUUUGGGGGUUGCCUUGGCAGGGCUGGCAGAUGGCAGCCCUUCUCCAUGGCUAACCGGUCAGUAAGGGGUUAGUUUGGUUGAUUCAGGUGAGAGUAGAGAUGUCACGAUAAAAGGGCAACCUCUUGAAAACGUCCUCAGGCAAUAAGAGCUAUGAACAGGGGCCCGGGAUGGGGGCACCCUGAGCCCCCCUGCAAUAUUCCAAGCACAUUCACGUUUGUUUGGGGGCCGCUGGCUUUAAGACGCACCAUCCACCUCAAGACAGGCCCACACCCAUGUCAUCUGAGGGCCGCCCAAGUGCUGCCUCGAUGCCGUGGGCCUGGCCAUGGCACAGAGCUCCCUCCGCACCCGCGCCCUGCCUGCCUGGCUCCUCCCAGCUGGCACAGCCCCCGGCACCACCCCCAGCAUUAUGGGGGGGCCUCUGACCCCCAGGGGUCUGCUCUGGGGCAGCUCCCCUCCAGCCCGCCUUGCAGACGUGCCUGCCACGUGGGCUCUACUCUUUGGGAAUCUGGCUUUUAGCAAACUUGGCAUCUUCUGCAGACAAUAGCAACUGGGCUGGCUUGUGAGUGAGUGGCGCAUUUUCCCAUAAGGCUAAAAAUAACCGGUGUGUUCUCUUGAGUUUGCUGACACGUGAUAAAGGCACUUUUGUAGUCACUUUGCUUUUGCUCGUCUUCUGUGGACGAGUGAAUGCCUCACUUCUGCAGGUUGAGUCCAAAUGGUUCUCACCUUUUCCCUAAAGAAAGACCCUGUUUGGGAAACUUUAAACCUUCACUUUUUACUCCAUCGAAAGAGUGGUGGUUCAAGGUCUGAUAUGUGGGUGGCGUUUCUUAAAAAUCAGCCAUAAGAUGCUUGCAGA